AUGGAACAGCUGCUGGGCCUCGAAUUGCCUUCGAAACGAGUGACAGACUAUUUCCUGAACGCCUAUCUCGACGCCGUCCAUUGGUUUAUGAUGCUUUUUCAUGAGCCAACGUUUCGAUCGUCCUAUGAGCGGCUGAUGGCUUCGAGGAGAUUUUCGCGGGCCCGGUCGAACCAGGUGAUCUUCAUCCUCCUGGUACUCUCCAUAGGCGCACAUUACGCUUCGGAUGACGAUGUGCAACAAAAAUUUCCUACCUUCCAGCUGGAGACAUUCCGAAAGCUCUCUCUCAAAAAGGUUGAAGAUAGCUUGCACUCUUUGUACGAUGCUGCGGAACUCGAAUCUGUCCAAGUGUGUGUCCUUCUUGGGUCAUACUAUGUCUAUCAUGGUCGCCCCAACCUUGCAUUUGUUAUUCUAGGUGCCGGACUCAGAUGUGCCCAACUCAUGCUGCUGCAUAGAGAAUCCGCCUGGCGGGGUUUGUCAGAAAUUGCAAAAGAGGAGCGCAGACGGGUCUUUUGGGCUCUUUUUAUUUUUGAUCGAUUUGCUGCUACAAUAUUUGGUCGGCCCUGUGGCAUUCCAGUUGGCGAAAUUGAUAUCAAGACACCAGAGAAUAUUGGCGACACCACCGUCCAGCAUCCGUCCUUCCGCUCGACUGCAACCAUGCCGGAUGGAACCGUGGAACCAGUCACCACGUUUGCCUACUUGAAGUACAAAAUCAAGUUGUACCAGAUAUCUUCGCCUAUCAUCAGUGACUUGUAUUUUCAUCGAAGUUCUAGUGUGUCGGAGCUGGCACUCAAAGUCUAUCGAAUCGACAAAGAGCUGUCCAACUUCUUCAGCGCUUUACCGCCAGAGCUGAAAUUGGAAGAUCUGUGUCGAAAUACCACCGAACCUGUGACUACUAAUAGCCGGCCUUUUAUGCUUCAGGCGCUGGCUCUCCAAAUUGCGUACGAUAAUGUACAGAUCCUUUUACACCGCCCGUUACUCUCUCAAGAUCUGCGAAACUUCAAGACAGAAGCAGCCACGUCCGGACCUCAGGGGUCGACUUACUCCAUCGGACAGAUCGACUUUGCUAAUGACACCAAACUGUCGCAUAGACAUGUCCAUGAAAUUCUACUUGCCAGUAGAGACAAUUGCUGGGAGUCUGCAAUCAGGUCAUCCAAGCUUGGCCAGUAUCGCCAGUGCUUGAUAUCUGCACGAGAUAGUCACGCCGCCGCAUUUCUCGGGAUCAACCUUUUCACGGCUGGCAUGGUCCUGUGUGUCGUGGCUCUUUCACGACCCCUGUCCUCGGAGGCGCAAAUGGCUAAACAGGCUGUUGCUCGGAUCAUGUCACUUUCGCGAUUCUUAUCAGGCAGGGCUCUUCUCUCUGCGCAAACGUCAAAGAUUUUGAAGGACCUUGUUCGACUGAUUGGAGAGAAGGAGAUUAAGGCGAUGCUUUCAGAAUCCGAAUCCUCACAAAACGUGGCCAUGUCGGCCGGUUUAAGAUCUAGAGAAAUGGCAGGCUCCUCCUACGCUACAACUGGUCCUGCCUCCGGAGAUCCGGAAUACCCUGACGAGGUUGCUCCGAACCAAACUACGACGCGAAUAGAUGACGAAUCCGCUCCCUUCACAAUUGGCCGAGUUGGGACUUCGAUGGACGAUUUCGACUUCUCCGGCUUCGAGAACAUAGAUUUCAAUAAUGGAUUACUGAUCAUGCAACAAGGUAGGGACUACUACUACCUUCGUCUCAUUUUGUUCGUUUGA